GAGGUAAAGAUCAGGAGGUAUAGAGUGUCACGUAAAGGACCAAGUGAUAGCGAGCGAGGGCAGAGGUGCGGGAACUCAAUCCCAGAGCCAAGACGACAGGCGAUGUUAAAAACCACAUCACCUGCACUCGCCUGGAGAGAGAUAAGGACGGAAGCAACGGCGCAGCACCGAGGGAAACCACCCCAUCAGGACACAACGGCGCAAGGAGGAAACAGAACAUUUUGUCCAGAAAUUAAUUAAUUAAUUCAUGAAUUGACUUUUACUAUCUUUUUUUUCCUCUGUCUCUUUCUCUCUUUUCACCUAGAACAAAGAAAAGUCUUCCACUGCAGCAGGAGAGCGAUAUUUUAAGCAACAUUUUGAGAGAAACUGACAAAGCUAAUGACAAAUAAAUCUGCAGCUGGGAAUAUUAGUGCAUAAAACUAACAGGCAGCUACUGCUGAGGAGAGGAGAGAAGAGAAGAGGAGACAGGAGAGGAGAGCCGGGGGAAGAGAGGGUGAGGGAGGGGGAGGGUGAGCGAGGGAGAGAGAGCUUGUAUACGCCUGUGACGCCGAGAUGUUCAUGCUCAUUCGAGAGCCGUCCGCCGGAGGAGGCGGGAGUCAGAACGUGCCAGCAGAGAGGAGCGCAAAACAGGUGCAGGCCGCCAUCAAGAAGAAAGUGGAGAAGCAGAAGAAGCAAGCCAACAAGCAGGGAGGAAAAAACGGAAACGCUCCCGCUGCUACUCAGAAUCACAAGUCCAGCCGCAUCGCCAAAAUGAUGGCCAUGGCAGAGCCAGAGGACAGAGAGGAGCUGAAGGAGGAGCUGGAGGAGAAGCUGGAGCAGAUGAUGGAGGGACGACAGAGGAGAGAGGAGAAAGAGGAGGAGGCAGAGCCCAUCGACCUCCUGCCCAUAGUGGACUCUGUGUUUGGACAGGACAGAGAGCUGAGACCAGAGGAGAUUGAUGAGCUCCGUGAGGCAUUCGUGGAGUUUGAUAAGAAUAAGAAGGGAUACAUCAGUCACAGAGACCUGGGAGAGUGCAUGAGGACCAUGGGAUACAUGCCCACAGAGAUGGAGCUCAUUGAGCUCAGUCAGCAGAUUUGUGGAGGGAAAAUAGAUUUUGAAGACUUUGUGGAGCUGAUGGGACCCAAGAUGCUGGCAGAGACAGCUGACAUGAUUGGAGUCAAAGAACUACGUGAUGCCUUCAAAGAGUUUGAUUCCAAUGGAGACGGUCAGAUCAGUUUGACUGAGCUGCGUGAGGCCAUGAAGAAGCUGAUGGGAGAGCAAGUGACCAACCGGGAGAUCAACGAGAUCCUCCGAGACGUCGACCUCAACGGGGACGGUCUGGUGGACUUUGAGGAGUUUGUGCGAAUGAUGUCCCGCUGACGUCACAUGGACAGACCAUGACGCGUGAAGAUUCUUCAACUGCACCGAAGAGCACACGUCUAAAGUUAUAUUUUUAUAUAAAAAUAGUAUAGGAAAUAGAAUAGAUACUACAUAAUGAAGGUGCAACACAACAUAUACAGUAUUAUAGAAGCUGUGAAACAUAUCAAAAACUUCGUAGGCAACAUUUAUGAGUUUGUGUUUUUCAGAUGUAUUUUUAUAAAUAGAGUGAAUAGAAUUACUAUUAAGAGUAUAUCAUCUUGUUUGUAAAACGGUAAAGCUUUUUUUUAUUAUUAAAGAAAUGUACACAA